AUGACAUUAUGUGGGACUAAUCCUGCUCAUUACAAGGGUUCCAUCGCCUGGGAGCCACUCGUGUCUGAAGACUAUUGGCGCAUCAAGCUUGAGCCGUCACAAUCGACGGGACCACAUACACCAACGGACCAGUUGACUCCAUCGUUGACACUGGUACAUCGCUUUUCCACUGGCCCACAGACCGCGAUCAAGAAGUGCUCACAAACGUGUCCAACCUGUAGAGCCUCCAGUAGUAGUGGUGAAAUCGUGAAGCACUUAUAUUUUGACGAUCCGGACGAACACAACGGCAGUUCGCUCCUUACUAGCCCUAACUCUCAGCGCCUUCGUCUUGCUGAAGAAGCAGUGAGAGGGUUAAAAAACAGUCUCCAUCGCAAAGAAGAAGAGCUUGAAGAUCUGAAAAACGCUUACGCUCAUGCAGUGAUGAGGGAAUAUUUGAAAAAUGCAGAGCUCUCAAGAGAAAACGCUUCGUUGAGUGCCAAGAAUAAGGAGAUGGAAAAAAUCCUGGAAACGAGUAGAAGGCGGCUACAGGCCUGCGAGUUGUACAAGACCAUCACAGCAGGAGAUGAUGAGACUGUUCUGGGUAGACUUGUGACGGAUGAUGGCUCUAUCAGAAUGCAAAGCGUUCUUAAUAUCCAAAAAAGGCAAUUACUCGUGGCCAAAAGUUUACAAAGUAGACUCAGAGAAGAUCUACGCCAGGAGCGAGAACAGCUGAGGGCCUCAAAGAGAAAAGAAAGCGAAUUGGAAAAUUAUGUGAAGGGUCUCGAACGAGAGCUGCGUGAACUCCGCGCUGUACGGGAAAAACCUCUCAAAGAAAGGUUGCGACCUCGCAACAUCGCUACAACUUCCCGUGUUGUGGAAAAAUCUCGGGAAAAUACGGAUUCGAGAGACGUAGUGCCGAAGAGGAAAACGAGAAGACCUUUGGUGGACAGGAACGGCUCUCAAGAAGAUGCGAAUUCUGCUGAUUCGAAAGAAGAAGAGCAAUGAAGUGAUUAAAGUGACUGCUCCAUUCUGUGAUCGUGCCUGCCUGUUUAUUCAAAAUAUCAUGUGAUUGCUCUAGUUUUAUUUUGUUUCAUUAUGCGAUGUAUUAAAGUGGUAUUGCAUCCCAGACGCAAGUCGAUGAUUUAUACUUUGAUAGGAAAUAUUGGUUUGAUCUGAAAUUUGCUAAAGCAAGCGCACCUACCAAAUCAUCAUUUGUUUCAUAAUCAGUGGCCAUCCUCUUUGGUGCUUUACAAUCUCAUAAAUCUC